UAAUUCUAUUAAUACAAUAAAAAUCAAUAAGUAUUGUUCCUCAAGCCAAUGGCCUACACAACAAAAAGUUCUUUUGUCGUGAUGGUUUUGGUGUUAUCGUUUAUUUGCAUGAUAUGUGUUCCGAUUUUAGCUCUUGGACCAGCAUGUCUUGGACAGUGUGAUGCAAUCAACAUGGACUGCUUACAACUUUGCCAAGAACUAGCUUUUGUUACGGGUUCAUGCAAAGGAGGGCCUUCAUCUGAGUGUUGUUGCCAUGAUUAAAUUACUAUUGUAUUAAUAUCCACUUGUAAUGAAUUUAUAUUCCGUAAACCAUGAAAUAAUGGGUUAAUAAUGAUAAAAUAUUUUCGUGGAAAAAUAGAUGUUACGUGAAACUACAUGAUAAUC